AUGGAUGCCUUGCCGGUUUCCUUCUCUCACCAGGGCGCUAGGCCCAAUGGAAGCUCUCAGCAGUGGCAGAAGGACUUCACUGCACUAGCAGCAGCACCAGGGUCAGCAGCAGCAUCAGCUGCUGCUACUGGUACAGCAGCAGCAGCAGCUGAUGCUGCUGCUGCUGCAACAAAACUAUCGCAGCUAGAAGCAGCAGAAACUGCACCAAACAAAGAUGACUCUGCACGGUGCGAAGCCUUCUUCUUCAAGGAAGCAGCACAAGUGCUGCAGCAGCUGCAGCUGCUAUCCAGUCUCACGCAGGAGGCAGCAGCACUUGCUGCUGAGGAUCCCUCUACAUAUAAGAGAGCAGAACCAGCAGCAGCAGCAGCACCAGCAGCAGCAGCAGCGCCGCAAACAGCAGCAGCAACAGCUUCUCAUGCGUCUGCGUCAAGCAACCCGUUUCCGGGUAGUGGUUCUGGGGCACCGACUGCAGCAGCAGCAGCAGCAGAAGCAGCAGCAGCAGCAGCAGAUAUGGAGCCUUUAACAGUAUUCAAUGUAAAGAGGUGGCUGCGAUGCUUCUGCAGCAUUGCUGCAGAUGUUGUCUAUACACUUGAGCGGUACCAGGAGCAGCCGCAGCUGCUGGACCCCCAUCUCCCUCAGCAGCUAGAAGUAGUAGUGCAGCCUAUCAGGAGCAACCUGCUGCUGCUGACGCAGCAAGCACAGCAGCAGCAGCAGCAGCAGCAGCAGCAGGAGCAGCAGGAGCAGCAGCAGCAGCAGCAGGGGGACAAGUUAGUUCGUUGCAGGUGGGCAGCUGCGGUUACUUGCUGCUGCGUUCGUGUGCUGCUGCACCUGGUGUACAUACACUGCAAGGUGAGGGGAACCAAGGCCAUUCGCUCGCUGCUGCCGCAGGAGCCAGAGCUGCUGGAGCAGGUGUUAGCUGCUGCAGAUGCCCUGCAGCAGCAGCAGCAAAAGCAGCAGCAGCAGCAGCAGCAGGAGCAGCAGCAGGAGCAGCAGGAGCAGCAGCAGGAGGAGCGCGCCGCUAUGGAGCUGUGUCUUCUCCCUCUUCGCUUGGCUUUCGUUGCUGGUGCUGGCCCCCUUUAG